AUGCCUAAGCCGCAGGUGGGCGAUGCAGAAGUUGUGACAGAACCGGCUAGAGAACUGAGAAAGCCGGAGCCCUUGGCUUCCGGUCGACGUCAAAGACAUAUUAUGUCGGAGCAGCGGCGAAGAAAUCAAGCACGCGAGGCUUUUCAACAGCUGUCGGAGCUACUCGCUAUCGGACGUACGUAUGGUGCGCGAGCGCUGGGUCUUAAUUCCGGUGCUGGCACCGGCGUGGAGGACGAAGAGUUGGAUGAUCGCACGGAUACCGAGGAAGACCUUUUGCUUUGUUGCGAUGAAGAGGAACUUCAGCGCCGGAAGCGAAAUGCGCAACGCCGGGCACGAAGCCGCGCUGUCACUGGGAAGCAAACACGGGGAAAAGGCCGUGGGCGUGGCGGAAGUGCUGGACAUGCAGGGAGUAAGUCGGCUGUGUUAUUUCAAGUCAUCGAUCUCAUUGACUGGCUCGAUGGGCGUGAGGAACAUCUUCGGCGCGAUAUUGAGGUUUUGGAGGCACAUCUUAAACUUCUAGGACCACAGGCCAAACGCACGCGUUUGAUGUAA